AUGAAGUGGUGGAAAUUACCAUUGUUACUUCCUUUGAUAACUUGUGCUUUGCUCCAGUGGCAAUUCAAUGCUACCUGGAAGACGGUGGAAGUUGCUCCCGGUCUUACUCGAUCAAUGAUUGCGUGGAAUGACCAGUGGCCGCUUCCGACACUAAGAGCUCAGGUCGGCGAUAUUGUACUGCUUACCAUCGUCAAUCAACUUGAUGAGUCGACUCUGGUCCACAUCCACGGCUUACCGUUUACUGGAGUCAGUUCGAUGGAUGGCACAGAAAUGGUUAGUCAUUGUCCCAUUAUGCCAGGCACUCAAUUUACGUACGAAUUUGAAGUGACGCAAGAGGGGACAUACUGGUACCAUAGCCAUCUGAUGCUGCAAUACGGUGAUGGUCUCAGGGGUUUAUUCAUCGUUGACGACCCUUUCUCUCCCAUAACCUACGACGAAGAAGUCGAGAUUUUACUCGGCGAUUAUUACGAAUGUCGAGCGAGGCAGUGUCUCAAACAAAUUCGUCAAGGUCACUUUAAGCGGAUGAUUCCUGAUGUAGUGUUAGUCAAUGAUACCAGUGAUUUUAGGUGGUCAGUCAAGCCUCAUACCACCUAUUUGCUCCGCCUAGCCAACGUGGCGGUGAUGGCGGGAAGAUGGUUUUACAUCGAGGACCAUGAUAUGACGGUGGUGGAGGUGGAUGGUAAGUGGACAGAACCUUAUACAGUACUGGUGCUUAAUAUCGCUCCCGGUCAACGCGUGCUGGUGUUAAUAACCACAAAAUCUUCGACGGAGUCUAAUUAUAUUAUUGGCACAGCGGUGGACAAGUACACAAUGAUUUACCGUCAUGAUCAGCCCAGUUUUAAUGUCACCAGCUGGAUGGUGUAUAAUGAAAGUGCUUCAACUUCAAAGGAAAUGGCAUUGAUUGAUCCGUCGCAAGCGUACCAAGAUUACGAUAUGAAACCGUUACCACUGCAGCGACUUUUAGGUCCAAUUGACCUAGUGAUUAGGCUUGAGAUAGCCGUCACUUACCGCGAGUUCUCGGCUCAAUCGCUGAAUCCUGGUGGUCCAGGAGCGUGGCAUACGCUUAAUGGUAAAACGUAUAAUGCUCCUAAAGUGCCCACGCUUAUGACGGCAAUAUCUGCCCCCGCCGAUUUGAAGCAUUCACCAAAGCUUUACGGCGAAAAUACUCAUACCUAUGUGGUGAAAUACAACCAGGUGGUAGAAAUCAGGAUCGAUAAUACCGAUCCCAUGAGACACCCGAUGCACUUACACGGACACCGGUUCCAAAUUGUCCUGAUCAACGGGCGGUUUACUUCACCUUCAAACCCACCGCAACGGGAUACCGUGCUGGUAGACCCCUACGGAUCGGUGGUAUUGCGGUUCAAACUGGAUAACCCAGGGGUGUGGCUUCUCCAUUGUCACUUGGAGUACCAUAUGGACCAGGGAAUGGGUAUCACCAUUGUUGAAGCACCUGACCAUAUUUCGGAACUGCUAGGACCCAAUCAUCAUCAGCUCUGUCACCAAGCAAAUGUGCCUAUGGCAGGAAAUGCUGGCGGUACCAUCGAUUGGCACGACCUCAGCAAUCAACCGCCCCCUCUCUGGGACACAAAGUAA